UGGGCAAAUUUAGUUGCCACGUGCCUUUUGAUGAUAUACAUGUACUUGGUUUAGUCAACCUUCGAGGUCUUUUUUGAUAAAUAAUUGGUGAUAGUUUAGGAAAUGAAAACACCUAAUAGUUCAGAUAUGAAAUCCGCAAAAAAGUAAUACUUCAGAUGUAUUUUUGUUAGCUUUUGUGUUAAAAAGGAUCCAAGCACCAUAUUUUUCAUUUCUACCUGAACUAUCACCAACUAUUUAUCAAAACACAUUUCGAGAUUAAUGAAUCAGUUGUCAUGUGGACGAAACUUAUAUAGGCAAAUUAAGUUGUCAUGUACUAUCUUUUGGCAAUUGUAUUCAAGUAUUUAGUCUAGUCAACCUUCGAGGUCUGUUUUGAUAAAUAGUUAGUAAUAGUUUAGGUAGAAAAAACAAACACCUGAUAGUUCUGGUAGGAGACUCGGAAAAAUAGUGAUACUUCAUGUGUAUUUUUGUUAACUUUUGUGUUACAAACACUAAGUUAAGGAUACAAGAACCAUAUUUUUGAUUUCUUGUUUUGUAUUUGCAGGGUAUAUUCUUUCUACUAUUGACAGCAGUAAUUGAUGCAUUAAGACCUCUAGCUUGUGGUGAUGGAUCCAGUCUCUGCACAAGCCCUACAACAAAGCAAUAUGUAUUUUUGUAUGUGGCUCUGGCUCUAGCAUCUAUAGGGGUCGGGGGUACGCGUUUUACAGUUGCACCCAUGGGAGCUUACCAAUUUGAUAAGCUAAAACAUCAAACAAUGUUCUUUGAUUGGUACAUCUUCAUCUUUUACUUGUGCUGGGCUUUAAGCACCGCGUUCAUCGUCUAUGUAGAAGACAAUAUCAGCUGGGCAUGGGGUUUUGGUAUAUCUAUGGCUUGUAACAUCCUUGGCUUAGCAAUUUUCCUUGCUGGUAAACGUUUCUAUCGCCAUGUUAAGGUACAAGGAGGCAGCCCUUUUGUCAACUUAGCACGCGUAGUAGUAGCUGCUACGCAGAAAUGGAGAGCCCCUCUUUCUGAACAAACUCAACACUACUAUCAUGAUCACCUAACAACUUCUCCAAUCCCUACAAAAUCCUUCAAGUUCUUGAAUUGUGCAGCUUUUAUCACAGAGGGAGAUACUAAACCAGACGGAUCGAUUAGUAAUCCAUGGAGAUUAUGCACAGUGCAGCAAGUAGAAGAUUUGAAAAGUUUGAUCAAACUCUUCCCUCUAUGGGCUAGUGGUUUACUAAUAUCGACACAACUGGUAAUGCAGUUGAGUCUGUUAACGCUGCAGGCUCUUAAAAUGGAUCGCCAUAUUGGACCUCAUUUCGAGAUCCCAGCAGGUUCUAUGUUAGUCUUCAUAUUGUUAUUCACUUGUAUAGCCAUAUCUAUCAUUGACCGAAUACUAAACCCCUUCCUAUCUAAGUACACAAAGUUUACUCUCACACCUCUUCAACGCGUUGGCAUAGGCCAUGCACUAACUAUAGCAUGCAUGGCUGUAUCCGCGUUGGUUGAGUCUAGACGACUAAGGGUAGCUAAAUCACACCAUCUCCAAGGACAAAAGGAUGCUAUCGUCCCAAUGUCUGUCUUCUGGCUACUACCACAACUAGCUCUAAAUGGAAUUGGAGAAGGAUUCCAUUUUCCAGGACAUAUCGCGUUUUACUACCAAGAAUUUCCAACAUCCUUGAAGAAUACCUCAACUGCAAUGGUUUCGCUGUUUAUUGGUAUCGCGUUUUAUCUAGGGAAUGUGUUGAUUGAUGUUGUUCAAAGAGAAACAGGAUGGUUGCCUGAUAAUAUCAAUGAUGGGAGAAUGGACAAUGUAUUCUGGCUUUGUUGUACCCUGGGAUCAGUAAAUUUCAUUUAUUUCCUAGUUGUUGCAUUCUUUUACAAGUACAAAAAUAUGGAAAACAAACCAAAUAAUGUGCCAAGUAAAUGAUGUACUACUUGUUAAUGUAUAAUCUUUUAAGAAAUAAGAAGCAUGUAUAUCCAUCAAAAUCUUUAUAUUUUAUUCUAUAUAAUAACAAAUUCACUUUAGAUAAGUUUAUACAACAUAUAACACAAUCAGAAAUUAUAAAUACACACAAACAUUCAUCUAUGAAGACCUAUUUAGGCUAGGAAACCUGUAGGAAGCAUA